UUCUCUGUUUGUUGUACGCAUUUUAUUAAAAUCGUGGAAUUUAAUGAAUUUUAUUACAAUUUAAUUAAGACAAUUUACCUAAAACAUGUUAAGUUUACAAAAUUAUGCCAGUUCAUCGGAAGGAGAACAUUCUGAUAAUGAUGAGAAACAACAAAUCAUCAAUGAAGUGGAUAAUAAAACACAAGAAAUGCCCGAGUAUUUAAAACCUAUAGAUCCCAAAAUGUCUGUAGCCAAAUCGUUAGCGGUUUGUGCAGCUCCCGAGGUUGUUCCCAUGGGUGCUGUGGCAGUGCAACGUACCAUAGAUCCUACCGUCAAAGAAAUUGAAUACAAUGCUAAAUAUGAAGAGCUGUACGCUCCUGUAAAAGGUCCGGAAAAUCCCAGUUUAACAGAACAACUAAAAGCACCGCGUAAUACACUAGCGGGUUAUGUAGAAAAGGCGCAUAUCAAUGCAUUUGAAUUUGAAAACCAACGCCGAACUUUUCAUACUUAUGGCUACGCUUUAGAUCCCUCCGUGGAUGAAGCGGCGGAUGGGUCCUCGUUUGUGGGUGACCUGCAGUCGGCAUAUGACGAUGAGGGCAAGACGGUAUUUGAAGGACCAAAAUCAAAAAAGAAACGAAAACAAGAGAAAAAUGAUAAGCCGGACGAUAUUGAAGGAUUCUUGGGUCCCUGGGGACGCUAUGAAAAUGAACAAACUGUGGCUAAGCCUAAUGAUCAAGAAAAGGCUGAGCUGGAUGAAAUAUUGGCUAAAAGACAUAGAAGAGGUCGCAUACCGGAAGAUAAGCCUUUGGAAGAGAAAUCCAUAUUGCAUAUCAAAGAUGCCUACGACUACCAAGGACGCUCCUACCUCCAUGCACCCCACGAUUUGGGUGUCAAUUUGCGUACAAAUGCUCCACCACCAAAAUGUUUCCUACCCAAAGCCCAUAUACACACCUGGACUGGUCAUACCAAGGGUAUUUCUGCCAUACGCUGGUUUCCACAAACUGCCCAUCUUCUACUGUCCGGUUCAAUGGAUUGUCGUGUGAAACUGUGGGAGGUAUAUGGCGAACGUCGUUGUAUACGUACUUUUAAUGGUCAUAGACAAGCCAUCAAAGAUGUUGCUUGGAAUAAUAAGGGUACUAAAUUCUUAUCUGCCUCUUAUGAUCGUUAUAUUAAAUUGUGGGAUGCUGAAACUGGUGAAGUUGUUUCAAGAUUUACCGCUCGUAAAAUGCCUUUCUGUGUUAAAUUCCAUCCGGACAAUAAUAAACAACAUUUGUUUGUGGCCGGCACAUCGGAUAAGAAAAUUAUUUGUUGGGAUACACGCAGUGGCGAUAUCGUACAAGAAUAUGAUCGUCAUUUAGGCGCCGUCAACACCAUCACUUUCGUCGAUGAAAAUCGCCGUUUCGUAACUACCUCUGACGACAAAUCGAUGCGUAUAUGGGAAUGGGACAUACCGGUCGAUAUGAAAUACAUUGCCGAUCCUACUAUGCACUCAAUGCCUGCUGUUACCCUAGCACCCAACGGCAAAUGGCUGGCCUGUCAAUCGCUCGACAACAAAGUGGUCAUAUUCUCUGCGCUCAAUCGUUUUAAAAUGAAUCGCAAGAAAUCAUUUAGCGGCCAUAUGGUGUCGGGUUAUGCUUGUCAAUUGGACUUUUCACCCGACAUGUCGUACCUAGUGUCGGGAGAUGGUGAUGGCAAAUGUUACAUAUGGGACUGGAAGACAACGAAAAUGUAUAAAAAAUGGCAAGCUCAUGAGGGAGUGUGCAUUAGCACACUGUGGCAUCCGCACGAGGCGAGUAAGGUGGCGACAGCUGGUUGGGAUGGUUUAAUCAAGUUCUGGGAUUAAAUCGCACAAUGGUUAGAAAAUAUAGGAAUUCAUAAAAUAUUAUUUUUUUUGUAUGUAAUAGAAUUUUAGUUUUAAGAUUUAACCGACAAAGCAGUUAAUAAAAAAAAUACUUAAAAUUA